AUGAUGGAAACAUCUGAUAUACGAGCUCAGCUCGCCGGUCGAGCUCCCUGCUUCCAUGGCCCUCGGCUUCUCCAGCUGCCGGUGCUUGCCCUCUGCCAUGGCCGCGCCGGAUUGAAGCCCCUGCCAUGGCACUUUCGCUUCCUCUGCGACGUUCUCCUCCCUCUAAUCUUUCUGCUCGCCGGCAGUAAUAUCCAGUCGCGCCCUGGGUUUGCCCGAAGCUAUGCGCGCCCGGUCGAUCUCCCUGCUCCAGCGCUGCGCCCGACUCCAGCCAGCUCUGCUCCUCUUUCUCUCUGCUCGGCGUCCUUCCUCUGCCCGCUGAGUCCCUCCAUCGCCUGGCCGCGCCCAGCUUCUUUGCUCCGUGCGCGCGCCUGCUCCUAUGCGGCGCGGGAACUUCCUCUGCGUCCAGGUCCCUCAGCUCGCGUCCAUGCCGCGGCGUCCUGGUCCCUACUUGACCGUGUCACUCUGCGCUCGCGUCGCUGUCUGGUUCCGAGCGCCUGGGUCUUCUUUCCCCUGCGCUCGGUCAUAGUCGCUGCGAGCCGUGAAACUCCCUGUGUCGAGCUCGGAUCCCUGCGCAGCGGAGCUUUUCCCCUAGCCAAGAUCGUCAUUGCGCGCAGAUUUUCUUUGCUGCUCGCCGCGCUCGAUUCGUCGUGCGCUGGGCGCUGUCCGGCGCCGGUAUUCGCCGACCCCGCCUCACCAUGGGUGUGUGUCAUCAAUCUCGCCCUGUUCUGUCCACUCGAUGUCGCGUGCUUUUGUGUCGUUUGCUACGCUUGGCACAUCCGUGUCAUUCGUGUUCGACAUGUCCCCGGCACGGUUGUUUGCAGCUGCUCGGAUAAACUUCUCUGUUUCGGCGUGUUCGCCAUCGACCGCCCCCGGUGCUCGACGAAUGGCUGGAACCCGGAAUUCGUCGUCGUUUCUCAUCCGCGAUCUCGUCAACCUCUGCUCGACAAGUGUUCGAUGAAGGGCCUGAGCCAAGUGUUGUUGCUACUUCCACGAAUUUCUCAUCGAAUUGGUACGUUAAUUAAUCACGCGAUGCGGAAGACGACCAAGUCGACCCCAAGCGCGGGCUUAAUCCGCAGGAUGAUGUUGAUGGACAAUCCGGAAGAUGGAUAGACGAAACAAGUAUCAGAACAAGGAUGAUCGUCAAGUGGACAUCGUCUAACAACACUAACCUAGUGUUUCUUCCAGGCAAGCCCCGGUGCAUGCAACCCCUUCUUGUGUUUUUAAAUUAUUUUUGCACACUUUAAGUCUAGUGAAAUGUGCAUUAGGUUUAUAGAAGUUGCUUGGAAACCCUU